GCUACGGGGCCUGGAGUGCUGGACCUGCCAACACCCAGGGUACAUACGGAAGCGGUAUGGCCAGCUGGCAAGGUUAUGAAAACUACAACUACUACAACACCCAGAACACCAGUGUCUCUGCAGGAGCACCCUAUAGUUAUGGCCCAGCCUCAUGGGAGGCCACCAAGGCCAGUGAUGGUGGCCUAGCAGUUGGGAGUUCUGCCAUGCAUAUGGCCUCUUUUGCCCCAGAGCCAUGCGCUGACAACUCUGACUCGCUCAUUGCCAAGAUCAAUCAACGUUUGGACAUGUUGUCCAAGGAAGGAGGCAGGGGUGGGACCAGCAGCGGUGGGGAGGGCAUGCAGGACCGAGACAGCUCAUUCCGCUUCCAGCCAUACGAACCCUACAGCUCCAGGCCCUGCUUGCCUGAGCAUAAUCCCUAUCGCCCCGGCUACAGUUAUGAUUAUGACUUUGACUUGGGGACUGACCGAAACGGUAGCUUUGGUGGGACAUUCAACGACUGUCGGGACCCAGCCCCAGAACGGGGUUCCCUUGAUGGCUUCUUCAGGGGCCGGGGCCAGGGCCAGGGCCGCUUCCAGGACCGGAACAACUCCAGCACCUUCAUACGUAGCGACCCCUUCAUGCCACCCUCAGCUUCCUCAGAGCCCCUCUCUACUACCUGGAAUGAGCUGAACUACAUGGGCGGACGUGGGCUAGGUGGGCCCUCCACCAACAGGCCACCGCCUUCUCUCUUCUCCCAGUCCAUGGCCCCUGACUACGGCAUUGUGGGGAUGCAGGGGGUGGGCGGUUUUGGUAACACCAUACCUUAUGGAUGUGGCCGGUCCCAGACUCGGAUUCGGGAUUGGCCCAGAAGGAGGGGAUUUGAGCGCUUUGGACCAGACAGCAUGGGCAGGAAGCGGAAGCAGUUUCCACUGUAUGAAGAACCUGAUGCCAAACUGGCCCGUGCUGACAGUGAAGGAGAUCUAUCUGAAAACGAUGAUGGAGUUGGUGACUUCCGGUCAGAUGAAGACUUCAGGGGGGAGGAUGAAUUCUGUGACAUCAGGAAGCAGAGAGGAGAAAAAGAGGAUGAGGACGAGGAUGUGAAGAAGAGGCGGGAGAAGCAAAGGAGGAGAGACAGGAUGCGGGACAGAGCAGCUGACAGGAUUCAGUUUGCUUGUUCUGUAUGCAAGUUUCGUAGCUUUGAAGAUGAAGAAAUUCAAAAACAUCUGCAAAGCAAAUUUCACAAAGAGACGUUGAGGUUUAUAAGUACCAAACUGCCUGACAAGACAGUGGAGUUCCUCCAGGAGUACAUCAUAAACAGGAAUAAGAAAAUUGAGAAGAGGCGUCAGGAAUUGUUGGAGAAGGAGAGCCCUAAACCCAAACCAGAUCCAUUCAAAGGGAUUGGCCAGGAACAUUUCUUCAAGAAGAUUGAAGCUGCACACUGCUUGGCCUGUGAUAUGCUGAUUCCUGCCCAGCACCAGCUUCUCCAGCGGCAUCUGCACUCUGUGGACCAUAACCAUAAUCGAAGGUUGGCUGCUGAACAGUUCAAGAAAACAAGUCUCCAUGUGGCUAAGAGCGUUUUGAACAACAAACAUAUAGUGAAGAUGCUGGAAAAAUACCUCAAGGGUGAGGAUCCUUUUGUCAAUGAAACUGCUGCUGACCUUGAGACAGAAGGAGAUGAGAAUGUAGGAGGAGAGGAGAAGGAGACACCAGAGGAGGUAGCUGCAGAAGUAUUAGCAGAGGUGAUUACAGCAGCAGUGAGGGCUGUAGAGGGGGAAGGAGAACCGGCCACAGAGCAUAAAGAAGUCCUAGAUGAAGUGGGAGGCCCUGCAGAUACAACAGAGGCCAGUAGUGACCCCCACACUGAAAAGCUGCCAGAGGAGCAGACCUGUGAAACAGCGCCUGAAAGCGGGAACACUGAAGACAAGGCCAGAAGUGAAGCUGCUGAGGCCAGAAAUGAAGUCAUUGUGCCAGCAGCAGAGGCCGAAAGCCACAUACCUGUUGCUAUCCCAGGAAUCAUGGAAGAUGAAGUGGAACAAACUGAUGCGGAGUCCAAAGAUACUCCCCCAGAAUGACCUUUUCUCCCUGUUUAAAGGGAAGUGGUAUCAUGUGCUAUCUUUGGUUUGUAAGCAGCACUGGGGAAUGUGUUUGGUAAAAAGACUUGGCCAUCUCCUUCCCAGUGUACGUCAAGGAUUGAUGCUAUACAGUGGAUGGUUUCCCCCCUCUGUUAGAAUACGAAAAGAGGUAAACCGUUUUCCAAGUGGCCUGUGAUGGCUGUCUGUGCACUGCAGUUAGAAUAAUAAAAGUAGAUCUUGCUGAUAACUUGUUAAAUACUGAAACUCACAGAAUGUGAAGGUGUGGUUGGUUUUGUUUUUUUACUUGGGAAGCAGCUUGAUAAGGAUAUCAUUUUUGUUGUUUAAGGGAAUUCCCUUUAUUCACCUGCAUGGCACAUGGUGUGGGACAUAAGGUUCAACCACCAAGUGGGUGAGAACUGACAUUGUGCCCCCUCACCAGUAAAUGGACCUGCCUACGAUCAGAUAAAUUUUUAAAGCCUUUAUUUUCGCUUUGGCAUUAAGAUAGCAUCUUCCUUGACCCAAGCUAGCCUCAAACUCAAUCCUCCUGUGUCAGCCUUUGGAGUCCUGGUUCUGUAUACGUUCAGCCAUGCUCAGCUGGGCUUUGGUUUUAUAAUACACUGUGUUCUAUGUUCCUCACCAGAUGUAGCAGCAUCCUGUUAACAUUAGACAUCUGCCAUGUGACCGUGGCCUGUGCAUGAGGUCAGAAAAAGCCGCACAAUAGGGGGCUGUUUUAUAGGAGCAUACCCACCUGAGCCUCUAGCAUGAUGGCACUGCCAAAGGCAUGGUUCUCACUGUUGAGUGAAUGCUGGUCAGUCUGAUGGCUCACCUCUUUGUGUUCCACCUCUCUUACUGGUGCAGAUUUUUUUUUUCCUCUUAAUCUUGUUAUUCCCACUUAAAGUAUUUAGGAAGAAAACAAGAAAUUGCUCUAUCAAUGGAAGACAAAUACAAGUUUCCAUAGCUCAUACAGUUAAAGUGAAGGUGUUUCAUUUAAGCAAAUAGUUUUCUUUGGCAGUUCUGCAUCUGAGCAUGGGAGGCUUACCAUGUCUUUGUACCAGGUUUUAUAGGGUCAGAAUGAUAAUUUUCCCCCUUUUGAAAUUAAUUGCUUUGUCCAUCUGACUACACAUUUCACAUCUUGGAAACAUCAGCCAGUGAAGAAUUAUUAUAAAAGGCAGUAAAAUAAUGCAGCAAUUCCAUCAGCACUUCUGUCAAGGAGCAUUCAUUACUAGAGGAUAUGAGAUGAACUUUGGAAAUACCAAUAUCAAAACUUAAUAAGCAAUAAAGUGAUGCCACUGAGA